AUGGAUGAGGAUAAAGGCUACGAGUUUGGUGCCUCGCGAGCUUCCCAGCUCUUGCACCAUAUCUAUCUUGCAAUGUUCGAAAAGUUGUAUCAUGCUGAAGCAGAGCGAUCGACCCGCACAGAGUUCUCGUCUGAUGCAGAAAACACCCAUGAAGAGGACACCACUCAUAUGUUACCUGGAGACAUGAAGGAAGCAGUCCCCGACCCGCUAUCUACGUUGCACUAUGUAUAUCUUAGCGAACCCGUUCCUGGCUACCGAGGGCUACUUGGACGAAUGCAGAUGGCACACGUCAAACCUAAACGCCGCCUCCUUGCGUUCCUCUUAGAGACAUGCCCAGAGUUCGACACGGGUCUAGGUUUACUAGACAUGGCUAGGGACAUUCAACACGGCAGGGUAGGCCGAAUGCUCGACGGCAUUCACGACCAGUACACUUCAGGCAAAUCGAUCCCGGGUUUCCUUUUCAAGGCGAUCAUUGACUUCUUGUGUCGCUUUGGAAGCAUCGAUCAGUCAUCUUUUCACAAAGUUGAUUUCCUACCUCCAGAACAGCACGUUCGUCAGCUCAGGUCGAACCGGCAAUACUGUGUCGAAUACGCAUACAUGCUUCUCAAAUACUAUCGACCGAUCUACCGACCAGCCUGGGCUUGCAUGAUAAAGGUGCUGGCGUCUCAGAAAGGGCAUAAGCAUGUUUUAAGUCUUGCUCGGUAUAAGCUCAUUUGUUCCAUUGUUGAAGAUAUGGAAGAGAUUGAUCUUGACGUCGACGAUGAGAUAUUCCGUCUGGUCUGUAUUGCGACUAUGUACGCCGCUCAAGCCGUCGAACGAGGCUCCGCUUCUUUUGACGAUACACGACAUGUUCUUUCCACUGCCUCCUCUCGCCUUCGUACGCUCUUCAACGGCCUAGUCGGUGCUAGUGCAGAUGUGCAGUCGCCUACAGGUGAUCAGACAGCCAACGUCAUUUCGCCACACAUUCCGGGGCCCGCGGAGCUACAUGCCUAUGUACGAGGGCUAGGUAUUCUCCGGGAUUAUGAGGGUCUUUACUCAUUCACCACCUGGUUCACCAAGCAUCAUGCUGAGGUGACGGCGCGUGCAGAAGCUCAGCGCUCAGGCAGGCACCUUCUGUUCAAGACACUCGUGGCGUUGCGCCUAGCUGUCGAUGGAGGAGGAUUCGAACCAGGCAACGAUCACACAUCCGGUGCACCAGAAGACAUAGCACUUCUCAUCAAGACACAGAUCGAGAGUGUUGAACACUGGGGCGGUUGGCCUGCAAAGGAAUAUGUGGACAUGUAUGCCAAGGGCCAUUUAAAGUCCGCACCACCCGUUGUUGGAGGACGCUAG